GUCACUAUGGUAACUGAACGCUGAGACUUCAGACUGACGGAAAAGUCAGUGUGAAGUAAAUUCAGCGUUAGCUAAAAUAAAAUAGAGCUACAUAAAAGCUAAUUAAUAAACGCAAGGGUAAAAGGGCAAAAUCAUGAUGGACAAACAUGAAGACUUCGAGAGUUUUUUGAAGAAUGUUGACAAAAUAAGUGAGCUAGUGAAGGAUCUAAAGUCUUCUGAUGUCGAAAUCCAGCAAAAAGCAAUGGAGACAGCUGAUUGUUACAUUGCUGCCUUGGAUGAACCCUGCAGGACAAAAGUCAACAAGACUACAAUCAACACAAGCCCACCACUCCAGCCUUCUUUGAGUCUGCAGAAUGAAAGUCCAGAGACUUUCAUGAAGAUUAUGGAGAGAGAUGCUGAAGACAGAAGAGUAAGGAGGAUUGCAAAAGCGAAAAAGGCAACUGCACUCAAAGACAAGGGGAAUGAAGCUUAUGCUCAAGAAGACUAUGAAACUGCUGUGAAGUAUUACAGUGAUGGCUUGGCUGAACUAUGGGACAUGCAGCCAUUGUACACCAACCGAGCACAAGCCUACAUCAAGCUGGGAAAGUACAAGGAGGCCAUCAGUGACUGUGAAUGGGCCCUGAAGUGUAAUGAGAGGUGCAUAAAGGCUUAUCUACAUAUGGGGAAAGCAUAUCUGGCAUUGAAGAAAUAUAAUGAGUCCAGAAACUGCUUUGAAAAGAUAGCGGAAAUUGAACCUGGGAGGGAGAAGAUGGUGAAAGAAUACCUGACCCAGGUAGAUUUGGAAAAGGAGAAAGAGAGUCAGGAGAUGAAUGCGAUGCAAGCGUUUGACAAGGGGGAUGGGAAGGCCACAGCAGUGCCCCAGCUGCUGGAGAAGCUGUCAAGGCCCGGCCAGAUGCCCCUCUACUACUGUGGAGGAUUGGAGAUUCUGUCACAAGCAGUUACUGACUGUAUAGGCCAGACCCUUUUCAGACUGAACAAUGGCUUUAGUAUCAUCAGCAGCAAUGACACGAUGACAAGUUGCCUGUUGCAGAAAACAAAGGAUCCAGACAGCCAGGAGUUGUGUGUGUCUGUUCUGAAAUUUUGGAGGGUCAUUUGUUGUGGAAAUGAUGAAAACCAGAAGAUGUUGAUGAAAUGCCCAGUCACCAGACAGUCCAUAGUUCACUUGGUAACAUCCGAGCAUGUUGCAGCACAGAAAGAAUGCCUGGCAUUACUAUAUUUGUACUCACAGAUUCCACAUGGCAGACGUUUGGCCAUUGACAACUUGAAUGUGCACAUGUUAGUGAGGAACCUCAUGGCGUGCAUCUCAAAGCCAAAGCAGCAGCAGGAGAACACAGCAGUCAACAUUCUGGAGAACUUUACAGCAGAAAACAAAUUUUGCAUUCAGUUAAGGAAUGUGUUGACAAACUCUGUCAUGUUGCCAUUUACAACAAUACUGAGAAAUAUCAGCAAGUUUAAUCAGCACAUCCUUCCCUCGCUGAUAUCGGCUGUUGGCUGUCUGGCUCGAGAUGACGUCAUCUGUCACAAUUUUGCUCAUGAUCCAGAAUGUUGGAAGGCCUUUCUGGUCGCCAUUAGGCAGUGCAGUGCAUGUGAAUACAAAGAGGUCCUUUACCCCAUGCUCGGUCUGAUCAUCAACCUUUCAACUAUCACCUCUCCAGUCAUUCAAAAGCAUGCUGUUUCACUCUGUGACUGCUGUCUGGGCCUGCUGAGGGAUAGUGAUGGAGGAGUCAUAACCAGAGCCACAGGCGUACUGAGCACUGUCCUCCCUCAGUCCUCUGAGGCCGUUCAGCAUGUUAUUCAGGGGGAUGUGGUCCGCACCAUGCGCCGGCUGCUCAAGGGAACAGGGCAGACUGCCACGAAGUAUGCCAUUAAGACUCUGACAGUGUGCACUGCUGCCAGUCACUUGGCACGGGAGGAGCUGGUAAAGUCUGAUAAAAAACUGUCUAUUUUACGUCAUUUGCUGGGUUCCAGCUGUGAUGAGAUGGUGUCAGGAAAUGCAGCCCUGUGCUUGGCCCACUGCCUUGAGUUGGAGGGAACUGCCAGCAACCUGUUGGGUACUGAUAUUGUGCUGCUGCUACUGCGCCAUGCUGCAGUAGAUGCUAAGAGGACAGCUGUGCAGCAAAAUACAGCCAUUGCUUUGGGGAAGCUGUGUCAAUCUGAGCCCAGACAUAAGAACAAACUACGAGAACUACACGGCCUUGAGAUCCUGCACUCCUGUAUGAAGCUCAUCACAUGAACUCAUGACAAUAACAUGUUUUAUAAUCUCCUUGUCAUCAGUCUUGUUCUCUUCUGUGUUCUGUUUUAGGCUUAGAUGCUUACCCACUUAUUGGGGAAAACAAAAAUUCACUAAAAAACAUCAAUCCUGGUAGUCAUAUAUAUUUUUUUCUUUUUUUUAAAUUCAUCAUUGAUUACUAUUCCAAUUGAUCUCUAUCAUUUAAAAAAAACAAUAUGGAUUUUUUUUUUAAGAAAGCUAAUAAUGAAAGAUUGGUUUCAUUUGAAUAAGAUUGUGUUCCUUAAUCUACAUAAACAAGGUCAUAAACAUUAGCAACAUUCUGGGCUGUCCUUGUUUUUCAUGCUCUUGUGAAUUUUUAUGGAUUAAGAAUAUGUGUGUAUGGAGGUGCACGUGCAGUCAGUUUUACCAUCUUUAUGCGUCUGUUAUUCGAUUAAAAUAUUAAUAUUAUUAUAAUAUUAUACAACAAAAAACAAAAUAUUUGUCGUGAAUACUUUUUUGCAAAGCAAAUAAAUAAAUAUAUGACAGAAUACACUGUUUAAACAAAUAAGCACCCAGUUUGAAGAGUUCACUUGUAUAGUGGUACAAACCAAUUAUGGGAUUGUGAAGGACUGAUAUUAAUCAGGCAGCAUUAGCAUACUGAUGGGAUUUGAAGUGAGAUGCAGAUUAGAGCGAUGUAUCCCUGUGGUUUAAGGCUCAUAGAGGUAUUAAUCUGGCACUUAUUCACCCGUCUUGAAGGGCUCUCUCUUAUUUACCAUGAAGAAGUGUGUAAAAUGCUAAUUAUGCAGUAUACUGCUUACUUAACAGCUAGUAUUACUGGCAGUCUUGACAGCCAUACCUCUAUGUGACCAUAGUCACAAGUUCUAAUAAACUGUGUGUCCUCAAAGGUAA